CAGACUGACCACCCGUUGCGGUCGAGGUCAGUUUACAUCCCGUGUAAUCUCCCGCGUUCAUGUGCUGUGUUUCGGGGCCGUAGUCGGAGAAGGAUGCACGUUGUACAUAUGCAUGCUUGCUAUAAGUGGCCUCAAUGGCUCCCACCUGGCUGCCUGAGGCCGAGGUUCAAGUAGCAGUGCACGAAGUUCCCAUCCGCUGCCGCUCUCGUGCCGACGACCGCCUUGGCGCCAUCUACCAUAGGGUCAGUGUUGCACAAUGCGAGAGAGUGAUGUGACGGAGCGCGAUAAACAGUUGGACGCUGUUGAAUCUGCCAUUUUCUGGGCAGCUCGGCGCGCGGCACUGCGGAGACAGUAUUUUCUCAGCCGUGCCGAUGGGGGCGGGGUGCUCUCUCCAUCUCCCCCCGCCUUUAAACCGACGCCUGGCCUUCAUGCCCAUCCCGCGCCUGGCACGAUCCAAGACGACGACGACGACCCCCACCAGCUGAAUGUUCCGCUUCCCAGGCCAUGGACGGCCACUCUCACUCAACGUAAAGCCCGUUCUAUCAGCCACCUUCCGCUUUCUUCUCCGCCUCGGCCGCGUGCCCUUCUUCCUCCCGCUCGUCACCUUCUACAUCCUCUACCGCAUCGCAGAGACUUCAUGGUGUCGCCUCUAUGACUGGGACGGGCUAUGGCAGCCGGCGUUCCCAUUUUCCUGGGUCGUGUGGGCCCUCUGUCUCGUCGUCGCACCAUUAAAUGCCGCGCUUUGGUUGGGAGGGCUGCUCGGAUGGAGGGGCUUGUGUUGGACGGUGAGCUACAUGCGUUCACGUCGGUCCGUCCAUCUUGGCCAGAACGGCAGCCCAGUCCCCCGAACAAGCGAAGAGGAGUAUAUCCUCCUCUCCGAUAGCGAAUCCGGGCAUCCAGGACACGAGCGGCAGCCGUCGAGUCCAACCCUUCCCUUCGGAAGACGCAGGACUGUCCGCAUCUCAGUUAUUUGGUGGUGGGCGGAGGUUGCAGUGCUUGUGGCCAUUGCGCUGGCGGGAGCUUGGGAGGCUUUGCAUUAUGCUCACCCGAACGACGUUCGGUUUCGCAAUGCGGUCGAGCACGCGCUACGAGAUUCCCAUCCGAGGCCUGAAGGUUACGGGAAAGGAGAGAAAAUCUACAUCGCCGCGGCGUUCUACAACAACCACAUCGUGCUCCCGUACUGGACCAAGUCCAUGCUGUCGACCAUCUCCUACCUCGGGCCGGAGAACGUCUUCGUAUCCAUCGUCGAAUCGCACUCGUCCGACAACACCCCCGAGCUCCUCCGCGAGUUCGACGCGUCCCUCGCGAAGAUGCACGUCCCCCGGCGCAUCCUCAUACAAGACACGGCAAUCGAGAAGCCGGAGGACCUCUCGUUCGACAACCGCAUCGAGUUCCUGGCGGCGGUGCGCAAUCGCGUCAUGGAGCCUCUCGUGGAUUACGGAGGGUACGAUAAGGUUCUGUUCUCCAACGACGUAUACAUUGAGCCGGAGAGCAUCGUGGAGCUGAUUGAGACGGCGGGUGGGGAGUACGAUUUCGCGUGCGCGAUGGAUUUCAACCACUAUGGCGCGUAUGAUGCCUGGGUACUGCGCGACAGACUAGGACACCUCACUAGCACAAUCUGGCCCUACUUCAUCGACAAACCGUCCAUCGACCUCAUGCGGCAAGACGCGCCCGUACCCGCAUUCACGUGCUGGAACGGUAUGGUCGUCUUCAACGCCGAGCCACUCCUCCCGAUCCACCUCCGCCCAAACCGCACGCUCUCGUCUGACCCGCUCAGCACGCCGCUCCCGCGGACGCACCCGCUCGAGCGCGGGCCCUCGCCCGCACUCACGCCCGCGCUGCGCUUCCGCAAGUCCGACCGCGGCACGGGCGAGUGCUUCGAGAGCGAGUCGUUCAACCUCCCGUACGACUUCCGCCGCGUGUUCGGCCUCGACCGCGUCCUCGUCAACCCGCGCGUCGUCACGAGCUACGACUUCCGCUUCUACGUGUGGUUCAAGUGGGUGCUGAGCCACCGGCUCGUGCGCUGGUGGGUGCGCGACGUGUACGACGGGUGGGGCAUGGAGCGCAGGAAGAUGGUCGUCGGCCCUGAGGACCAGGUGUGGGUGUGGGACGGCGGGGACUGCCAUCCGUGGUGGUAGGUGAGCGGUGUACGCUGUGUUGUUGGUGGGUUUCACCGGCUGUUAUGGGUUGUAUAGGCUAGAGCUCUUCGUACGUUCGGAACCAUACCAUUCCGUAUAUUGUUUUAUUACUAUGAUUGCUUUGUGUGAUAGUGAACAGAAGUAGUGUAGUUUGCAUCUCGGAGCUGUCAUGUAUACACGGACCGUUGCUGUGAAGUACACGAUACAUCCUCAAAUCUCUUAACGGAACUUGGCUUCGCCAAGAUUAGCAGAGUUA